AUGGCGUCCUCCCGGGUGAGCUCGGGUAACAAUGGCUCGUCGUCGCCGUCACCGUCACCAGCGCCUGGAUCUCGCCCAUCGGCUGUACCGAGACUUGCUGCAGUCGUUCGUGGUGUGGCUCCUAGGAAGUCGGUGAUAUCGAGACUCACGCAGUUCUCCAAACCCGUUUCGGUGGUUCCUUUCGCCCCUGAACGCCUCAGUAUCACGCAAACAGCAUUGACACCUGAAAUGAUGAAAAGCAUCGCGGAGAAAGGGCAACAACGUGAACGCGCGUCAUCUCGAAAAGAAGAUUCGGUGACGACGCUGUUUGCAGCUCUACGAAUGCGACGAGCGCUGCAUCGAGUACAAGCUGGACACGAACAGAUGGGACCUCGCAUUCUAAUCGACGAAACCAAAGCGAACCUCGAAAGACACCUCAAAGUGCUCUCGCGAUAUAAAAUUCGACAAGUGGACACCGAUGCCGAUGAGAGACAACAAUUGCGGAAUCUCCCGCCUUUGAUGGUGAACCCUCACAGCUCCGUAGUAUCAUGCUGCCAUUUGCACUCGCUUUCGGCUCCAACGACACGACCGUAG